AUGGCUGCACCCAUCGCAUUGCUGUCCGUCUAUGACAAGACCAACCUGCUCGACCUGGCGACCGGCCUGCACGCGGCCGGCGUCCGUCUUCUAGGAUCAGGAGGCACAGCGAAGAAGAUCCGUGAGGCAGGGAUCGCCAUCGAAGAUGUCUCGGACAUCACGAAAGCCCCUGAGAUGCUCGGUGGCCGGGUGAAGACGCUGCACCCUGCGGUCCACGGAGGAAUUCUUGCACGGUCUAUCCCUUCCGAUGAGGCAGACCUCAAGGCACAGUCCAUCUCCAAAAUCUCCAUUGUCGUGUGCAACCUGUACCCCUUUACCUCUACCAUCGCACAGCCGGGCUGCACCCUCGCCGAUGCAGUUGAAGAGAUCGACAUCGGCGGUGUGACCCUUCUUCGCGCAGCGGCGAAGAACCACACGCGCGUGUCCGUGCUCUCAGACCCUACGGACUACGCCGAGUUCCUCGAGGCAUGGCGCGCGGGACAGGGAGACGUCGGUCAGGCGAUCCGCAGCAAGCUCGCCCUCAAGGCGUUCGAGAUGACGGCCACGUACGACGACGCGAUCAGUGGGUACUUCAGGGAGCAGUACGCAUCCGCGGAACUUCCCGCAGAAAGGCUUGCGGGGCCCGUGCAGCGCCUCGCAUUGCGCUACGGCGCGAACCCCCACCAAAAGCCUGCCCAGGCGUAUGUCACCGACGGAGAGCUUCCUUUCAAAGCUCUCUGCGGCUCACCCGGAUAUAUCAACCUGCUCGACGCCCUGAACUCGUAUGCGCUCGUCAAGGAGCUGCAGGCGGCGCUUGGUCUCCCUGCUGCGGCCUCGUUCAAGCACGUCUCCCCCGCAGGCGCAGCUGUCGGUGUCGAGCUCGAUGAAACGGAGAAGAAGGUGUAUGGCGUCGAUGAUCUCAAGGAGCCUAUGACCCCGCUGGCAUCUGCUUACGCCCGUGCUCGAGGUGCCGACCGUAUGUCAUCAUUUGGCGAUUUCAUUGCCCUCUCGGCGCCAUGUGAUCUGGCCACCGCCCGGAUCAUUUCCCGGGAGGUAUCCGAUGGUAUCAUCGCACCCGGAUACUCGCAGGAAGCGCUCGACGUCCUCUCCAAGAAGAAGGGCGGAAAGUACUGCGUCUUGCAGAUCGAUCCGUCCUACGUGCCCGCAGAAAUAGAGACACGACAAGUCUACGGCAUUCACAUGCAGCAGAGGCGCAACGACGCAAAGAUCGACGCUAAGCUCUUCGAGAACAUCGUCACCAAAAACAAGGCGCUGCCGAACCAGGCUCUGACUGACCUCAUCGUCGCCACCCUGGCGCUCAAGUACACACAGUCGAACAGUGUCGCGUACGCCUAUCGGGGCGCGAUCAUCGGCAUCGGCGCGGGCCAGCAGUCGCGCAUCCACUGCACGCGGCUUGCAGGCACGAAGGCAGACCUGUGGUGGCUGCGACACCACCCGCGCGUGCUCGCGCUGCCAUUCAAGAAGGGCGUUAAGCGCGCGGAGAAGGCGAACGCGAUAGAUCUCUUCGUUGGCGGAGAGGUACUCGAGGGCGGUGAGCGCGCGCAGUGGGAGGGUCUCUUCGAGGCGGUGCCUGCGCCGCUGAGCGCGGAGGAUCGCGCUACACACGCGAAGCUGCUAGAUGGUGUCGCUUGCUCGAGCGAUGCGUUCUUCCCGUUCCCGGACAAUGUCCACCGUGCGAGGCGCAGCGGGGUGCGCUACCUGGCGGCCCCGAGCGGCAGUGUCAUGGAUGCGGAAUGCAUCAAGGCAGCAGAUGAGCAUGACAUGGUAUUUGCGCAUACCAGUUUGCGGCUGUUCCACCAUUAG